UUGAGGGUUUGAGAAAAUAAUUAAAAUGAAGACUAACAGAAUCUACAUUAAACACUCACUGACUUAUUCUCUCAUGUUUCCAGCUCAUCUGUCUGUUCCUGUCUUCAGCAGAAUCUUUUCUUCAUCAUCAUCAUCAUCAUCAUCAUGUUCACUGUUGUGUUCAGUGUUGAAUGUGGGUCACGUGACUCUCUCCUGGUACAAAGGAAACAGUUUAUUGUCCAGCAUCAGUGUGUCUGAGCUCAGCAUCAGUCUCUCUCUUCCUCUGGAGGUGGAAUAUCAGGAUAAAAACACCUACAGCUGCGUGCUCAACAAUCCCAUCAGCCACCAGACUCAACAUCUGGACAUCACUCAACUCUGCCACACAUCUGCAGAUCAGGGCCUACCUUUACUGUACAUUGUGCUGAUCGCGGCUGGAUCUCUGUUGAUCGUAGCUGCAGUCGUGAUCUGCUGCAUCUGCAAGAAAUGUAGAAAAACAGUCGAGACACAAGAGGAAGACAGAACUGAUUCAGCAUUGUGUAAAGCAACAACACGAAACACGAAAUCAAAGACAAAUGCUGUAUAUGAAAAUGUCCCCAAAAAAUUGUGA